UAUUGUUGCAUUUUAUAUAUGUAUAUAAAACAAGGCACAGAAUUUCAUGAAAGCCUCUUAAGCUUAUGCAAAAUGUAAACGAAGAAGCUUGAAUGACUAAACAAAGACAACAACAAGUGCAAAUUUCGCAGAAAACCCUCAACAACAGCAACAACAACAACAUGAAAAGAAAAAUAAACUAAACGCAAAAAAAGGGUGGGAGGGUUUUAUCUGGUGUUGCAAUGUUGUGCUUUGAUUCAGAGAAGAUGAACUGGUAUUAUCAUGUACUGGCACGUCGUCCCUAUCUGGUGGUAUGUUCCAUAGCUGUCUACUGUGUGGCCUGCAUAAUUGUGGCCCUCAUCCUGAACAAGCUGCCCGACUUCAGUGACCCCACCUUGGGCUUUGAGACGCGCGGCACACAAAUAGGCAAUCGCUUGACCGCUUGGCAUAAUUUAUUGCAGGAGUGCGAUGGCAAUGGUGCCCUCUUUCCGAAUCCGUCGAAUCUGCUUGAGAAACUGCAUUACGAUGAGUUGCACCGACACAAUCAGAACCACAGGCGUCAAAAACAUCAGAGGCGAAAGCACCAUAGGAACAAAAAUCACAAACGACGCAAAGAGCAAAAGAUCCGAGAUCACUCCGAAGUGGCCAAGAAUAUGAUGCUGUUAAAUAAACGACUCAAGGCCACAAAGGCACCACAACCACAACAGACUGACGUGGACACAUGGAUGGGCGAUAGCGGUGUGUUUCGCGACUAUCAAAUAACUAAUGACAAUUCUUCCUCCAGCUUAGAGCCCAUUAGCGCGCCAAUUGAAUAUGGCCAUAAUACAACUUCAGUAGAUGAGGAGGCCCAUCGUGAAAGGGUGCAGACUAAGAAGAGCACUUGGAAACUCCUCAAACAGGCUGCCACUCUGCCAACCACUAAUGGCUGGAGUGAUUCUGAUAUACGGCAGCCCAUUGAGGGUUUCUUUUGUGGCUCAUCGCCACGCAAGGAGUACUCGCACUUUGUGGUUCAGCGCAUUGGUCCCAGUGGAAUGGGUUCGUUAUUCGAUUUGAAUGGUCUUCUGGCCAUGUGCCAGUUGCAGGAGCAAAUCGGUGCCGUUCCCAGUUUCAAUGAUUACUGUGAACCCGAAAUGCUUACCACAAACUGUUGUCGACCUUGGUCCCUAUCCAACUAUGCCGCCCUUUUGGCCAACAAGAGUUCCUGUUUUGAUCUGACCACCGAGGAUGUGGCAUCCCUGCAGACCCUCUUGCUCAAUUGCUAUGAGUAUUUCCACGAUUUGAAAUUGGACAACAAUUGCAAUCAGAACACUCGAUGCUACGCCCCCGAGGAAUGCAAACGCCACAACCUCGUCUACAAUGUACUGAAUUUUCUCACCGAUACUGGCUUCAUCAAGUCAAAUGACUCCAAUGUUUAUUUAAAAUAUGCCAUGAUCUAUAUGCCCGUACCUCACUCUAAUCGCAUCCUGCCGCUCUUCCACGAAUGGGAGCGAGCUGAACUAAAAAACGAACUGGUCGAAGUCAUCGCCAUGGACUUGGGCCUAGAGAAUGAGCUCUUCAACGAGCUUCUUAUCACCGAUGUUUGGUUGGUCUCCCUAGGCGGUCUCUUUGUCAUGGCAUGCAUUUGGUUAUACACGGGAUCGGCUUUCAUCACCUAUAUGGCAUGUUUUGCGGUUACUUUUUCGCUCGGCUUGGCAUAUUUUGUCUAUACCAUGGUCUUUGAGUUUAGCUUCUUCCCCUAUAUGAAUCUGCUCGCUGUGGUUGUGAUCAUUGGCAUUGGAGCCGAUGAUGUCUUUUUGUUUAUAAAGAUUUGGCAAUGCGUUCUGGCCGAGCGAUUCACCAAAAGCUGUACACAAUCGCAAUCAACACUUCCCCAGCAGCUGGAACAGAGCGAAAAUACCGAGACAUUGGAAAAUAUAAUGUCAUUAACAAUGCGACAUGCAGCGGCAUCCAUGUUUGUCACAUCGCUGACCACGGCGGGAGCAUUUUAUGCCUCAUACAGCAGCUCCAUUACGGCCAUUAAAUGUUUCGGAGUCUUUGCGGGCACAGUGGUGGUAACUAACUAUCUAUUGAUGAUCACAUGGCUGCCUGCAUCCGUUUCAAUUAUGGAACGUCUAUUUGCCAGCAGUAUGUCAUGUCGCCAGUAUACGACACAGCGACUCUUAAUCGCCUGCAAGAAGUCAAUUAAUCAAUUUUGCCAAUUGUUUGAAAAGUGCAUCACACAAAGCAUUAUGAAUUAUGCAUAUUUUUGGCUGCUUAUAUUUGGCGCUAUGGGCGUGGCCAGCGCCAUUAUUGUGUUCUGGUAUCCAGGACUACAAUUGCCGGAGAAAUCACAUUUCCAGCUAUUUGUAUCGGCGCAUCCAUUCGAGAUCUAUUCGAGUUUGAAGCAGGAGUUUUGGUUUGAAAAACCAUUGCAAAUCGAGGAGAAUUUCAAAAUGCAAAUGCGUUUCGUUUGGGGUGUCCAGGCUGUGGACGAUGGUGACUACACGAACCCCAAUUCGUAUGGCCACCUCUACUACGACAAUAAUUUUAAUAUAUCCAGCAAGAAGGCGCAACUUUGGAUACUGGACUUUUGCCAGAGUGUGCGCCAGCAAUCUUUUUAUCAGGAUACAUUUGCCAUGCUAAAAUCAAAUUGUUUUAUUGAGAACUUUAUCGAUUUUAUGAUGCGCAAAUGCAUCGAUGACAUGGAUAUUGCUGGACAGGACCGCUCUCCCUGCUGUGGUGCGAAGUUUCCCUAUGAGCCGCACAUCUUUGAGCAGUGUCUGCCCCUAAGCAUAUCCAGUCUAUAUGAGACGCCACAAUUCUAUCAUCCAGGCACGGCUGGUCCCAAGUUUGCAGCCGCUUCAUUAUCAUCAUCAUCUGUCAAACUGACGGAAGAUCAUUAUCUGGAGAGUAGCAGCAAUAGCAGUGAUAGCUUGGAAACACAAAUGGCAAUUAAUGGCACAGAUAUGCCAUUGCUUAUCAAGGCUGUGGUCAUUGAAUUUGAAUCAAAUGUAUCUUAUAGCACAGUCUAUGCAAAUAUUAAGGAGUUCUAUCAAACUGUGGAGAACUGGUUCCAGCAGCGUCUAAUUUCAGCGCCAGAUGGACUGAAAAACGGUUGGUUUAUCAGCGACUUGAAAUUUUACAAUGUACAGGACACGCUAUCGCAUGAUACGCUCAUUGCCAUACUACUGGCCAUGGCUACAUCGCUUCUAGUGCUCCUGUGUUUCACCUUAAAUCUGCUUAUCUCCAUCUAUGCGGUUAUCACGGUCUCCCUCACCAUAUUCCAUACAGUUGCCGUGCUCAUUUUACUUGGCUGGCAACUCAAUAUACUAGAAAGCAUAGCUGUCAGCACCGCCAUCGGUCUGGCUGUUGAUUUCAGUCUACAUUAUGGCAUACACUAUCGCAUGUCGCCUGUUAAGGAACGCCUGGCUGCCACACAGUUCGUCCUUUCGCGUAUUAUCGGACCGACGGUUAUGGCAGCUGCCACCACAGGAUUUGCUGGUGGCAUUAUGAUGGCAUCCAACAUAUUGCCGUAUAUACAAAUUGGUAUUUUUUUGGUGGUUGUCAUGAUCACAAGUUGGUUUUAUGCUACAUUCUUUUUGAUGAGCUUGCUCAAAGUGGCCGGGCCGCAAUAUAAUUUCAUGCAACUACGCUGGCCAUUUUGGCAAAAACAUCAUAAUGCCAGCAAUAAAUUUUACGAGCGUAAACCCAGCAACGUGAUUGCCAGCGAGCAGCUACUAACACCAACCAGCUCGGCCAUCGUGGAAUUGGCUAAUUCAGAGACACAUGAAAUGGAGUCUCUUAACUCUAGUAGUCUGAUCAAAACGAUUUCGGGCACAGAAAGUGGUCAUGGCUUGUCAUCGCUACCACAUGAUUUUGAGCAUUCGUUUCAAACGAUGCGCGAUUGCAAAUAUCAAACUUAUCCGUCUACAUCACAUUGAGUUGGUUACUUGUUGCCGGCCAGAGUCAUAAAGUGAUGGAUGCUGCAUCAAGCAACUGCAUUUUUUUUUUUAUAUACCGGUGGGAGAGUUGCAAAUAUCCCACGCCUCCUCCACAGAAAACAAAAGAAUCACAGAUACAUUUAUAUACAGAUAUACAAUUGCGUGUUAGCAUAUACAUAUGUACAUAUGUAUAUGCAUUAUUUAGUUUUAAAUAUGUAUGCAUGGGACAUUUGUCGUGUUGUGCAAGGUUCUAUAUAGUACAUUAUAUACCAUAUACAUAUAUAUAUUAAUAUAAAUUAGUUUUUAAGAUAUGUUUGGUCAGGCUGGUGUCAAAAGAAUAUUUACGCCAAGUUUUCGCGCCUGCAAAAGAAAAAAAAAACAAACUCUCUUUAGUGUGCUAUCUCCAAAAGACUUUAAACAGUUUGCAAUGUGCUUUCCUUUUAGUUGUACACAAGAUUUGAUGCUCCAGCCAAGUAAUUUUAAACACAAAACAAAAAGCAAUUAGUGGGGAGCUAUGUAUUACGGUCGGUAUUAUUAGUUUUUAGUGAGAUUUUUCAAAAAUGUUAUGUACUUAAAAGAUCUGUAAUCAAUCGGAAACUAUUUAUACUCUCGAUUUUUAUUAGCUGUUAAAUUGGGUACCACAUUGUGGGUCCCUCUUUCCUCCCCCUCCCCCAAUGUACUUACAAUAAUUGGUAGUUUUAUACACACGCCCACACAUUUUGUAUGUUGUGUGGCGAUACGUACGAAAUACUUACAAUAUGUAUGUAUGUAUAUUAAAAUAUGUGUUGGUUAUUCUUAGAUGUAUUCAAAAAGACACACAAACACACACACUCUUACCUGUAUUUCCCCUCACAUUUGUAAUAACCAUGUAACUGUGAUACAUAAGGUGAGAAAUUGAAAACAAAAACAAAACAUUUGUUCUUUAUACAGACAUAAAGAACUUUAACUUGACGUAUUGUAUGUACUUAAUUGCAAACAAAUGAAAAAUUACAAAAACAAACAAACCUGUACCUCCUUCAUCAUCAAAAAUAUAUAAAAUGUGUUACAGUGAUUUAAUAAAUGUUACUUGUGAAACAAUUUAAAA